AUGUCGGCAGACAGCAGAUCGUCUCGCAGGGAUCAUGUCGCUUCCAAAGGAGCGAUGAGUCCCACGACGGUCCAGCGCCAUCCCUUCACGCGCACGCCGUCGACGGAGCCGCCACGCUUUCACUUGCCUCGCGAUGCACAUCCGCACACCUCCUCCGCCGACGGAACGCUGCCCGUGCAUCUCGGACCGGAUGGACCCAACGACUACGAUCGUCUUUCGCUAGAUACUCCGGUCAACGCUCUGCCCUCUUCAUCCACUUCUUCUGCUGCUGUCGCCGGCCCAUCUUCGCCUUGCAAAUACUGGCCAGAACCUUCUGCAUCGCAUUCGUAUUCUGCCUCAUCGUAUAGUGCCAACGGCCAUCUCGAUGCCGACAGCUAUGCUCUAGACGAUCGAUCCGGCCCUCAAUUCCGCACAGCUCGGAGCAGAACGACCGGCUACGCAUCGUCGACCGACGGCGACCUCACUCCAAUACCAUCGGGCUCGAGCCCCAUUCCUGCCAAUGUUGCCCGCACGCCGCUUGUAGGCGUCAACCUCACCGACCAGCAGAUCGCCGACAUGACCGAAUCCGACGUCUCAGAGUACGACGAUAGCGCCAAGCUGCGGCGUGCAAGACGAGGAAGCGCUGCGAACCCUUCUGCCGCGUCCAUGUUCAGCACCAUCACCAAGAGCUUUCGCGGAGAACCUUUCUGGAGCAAGUCGGGCACUUCUUACACCCCGCUCACAGGUACCACCCGCUCACGUAGCUUGAAAAAGUCAAAAUGGAAUCGCACUUCCAAGACGGACAAGGCACUCUUCUCCACCACCUCCUCUGCGCCCUCCAAGGACCGCGGUCGUAGUCGCAGGACCGCUCCAAUAUGGUUACAGCCAUUUAGCAUGCUCGCGUCCUUCUUCACCAAAAUCUUCCGAACCGCAUUUGGGCCUAUCCAUCCUGUCACAAUCAUCUUGGCGCUGGUGCUCAUCGCCAGCUUUGUAGUGACGGUGACCAAGCUCAUCAUCUACAUUCUCAAUCCUGACAAGGAGCAGCUCCCGUGGCGCUUUUACUGCCAGAAGCAGCCUCCGUUUCCACACGCCUACGCCGAUGCACUGGCACCCGUCGAUGUCUUCGUCGGUGUCUUCAGCAUCGACAGCUCCUACGAGCGCCGCCAUCUCAUCCGAAGCACCUACGCCACCCACGAACUUCCACUGGAUCCUCACACAGGCAUGCCCACCAGCAACGUUCAGGUCAAAUUCAUCAUCGGUAAACCGCGCCGCGCGCAUGCAAGACGAGUCGCGCUCGAGCUGGAGACGUUCAACGAUAUCGUCGUGCUCGAUAUGGAAGAGAACAUGAACAGAGGCAAGACGCACGCCUUCUUCCAGUGGGCUGCAGAGAACGCCACCGUGCCCUUUCUGCGCCCCGUCGACCAAAAGCAGCAGUUCGGCGCAUCUCUCGAUGAGCUUGCACAGCACGGCAACGGUCACGGCCAGACACGCGAAGUGCUCGGCGGCUCGACCGAGCAGGCGCAGCGCUAUCAGGUGUUGUGGAAGAAAGCCGACUACGUGGUCAAGGCCGACGACGACGCCUACCUCCGGCUUCAAGAGCUGGAACGACAUCUCCGCGUGGCACCUCGUCAGAUGACCUACUGGGGCUACCUCAUCCGCAACUGGUUCAUGGGCGGCGAAUGCUAUGCGCUCUCCAGCGACUUGGUGCAGUACGUAGCACAUUCCGAAAGCGUGCUGCACCACGUCAACGGCAAGGAGGACAAGAAGGUGGCGCAGUGGAUGAGCUUGCAUCCGAACCGAUCCGACAUCCACUGGGUCGAAGAGCGUUGCUGGAUCUACGACCAUCCUAAGGCAGGAACAGCGUAUUCGCAUGGCUUCCUCUUCCCGGAUUACGUCGAGAAGAUCAAGCUCGAAGGUCGACGCGGCCUGACCGACCAAGAGAUUGCACGACGCGGCGGCGAGCAUCGAGCCAAGUCGUACUCGACCGUUUCGCGGUGGCAUUUGCCCUACGUUGAGCCACGCAGCGACUUGACGAUCGAGGAGGAAGUCGAGGCUCUAGUGGAAGGUGGAGGACGUUGGGCUGGUACAUGGGUCCGGGGCGAGGAGGGCAACGACACGCAGAUUUGGGUUCCCUGGCAACAGAUUGUGUUCGAAGCCAAUGACGAGCGGCUCAGACCACCUAUGCUGGAUACGAUGGCAGGGCAUCCGACCCUUGCCGAAGAGGUGGGCAUCGACCCUGCUUCUGGUCUGACGGUGCGUCACAUCAAUGCUUUGCAUCCGAAUCCUUUAGACCCGAUGGCCGCCAGCAUGGACGGCGAUGUGCAGCCAUCGAGACGGCGCAAGCGCGAUAUACCCUUCCUGGCACACUUGCCGUCUGUACCCGGCUUUGACUUUGGCGCUGGCGGCGUCUCGCGUGGCGCUGCAGAGGAACGCAAGCGGUCGUUUGCCAGCUCGGCAAUGCAGCCGCGCAUGAUACCCUUGCCAACCCACAAGGACGGCAACGGCGAGGCAGAGGAGCUGCGCAAUCGACGAUACCUCGGACGACCGUUUGGCGGAACGGUGGUGGUGCAUUACCUCAAGAAGAGCGAAUGGUUCUACGAGACGGCAUUGGCGUUCUCGGGUCGUGGACGCUUCUGGCCCGACGGUGCUGGUGGAACGGGCAGCGAAUGGAGGAUGUACGGCAGUCCACUGGUGCGCCACGAGGAUGGAUACGUCAGCGUAGGCAGGAGCCAGCCGCGUCCAGAUAUGGAGAUGGCGUACAUGCAGCAGGCCAGAAUCCAAGCUCAGGCCAAUGCGGCACAGGCUCAAGCACUAGCGGCGAGAAUGGGCAGCUUCACCAAGUCCAAGAUGUCGAACGCUCCACCGUCAUCGCCGCCUCCGUCAACUCAAGAGCAGCAAGAAGGGCAGCAACAGCAGCAACAGUCACCGGGAUCGACUUGA